AUGUCACAAGACGACGUAGCAGCAGAACACAAAGAUUUAUUUAAAUUAAUUUUGAAAGCAAAGCAAGUACAAACGCAAGAAAUUCAGGCACAAUUUAAAAACACAGUUGAAAGUUUGAGCACAGAACUUAAAGAAGCAACUAGAGAAAUCGAAUCAUUGAAACAAAAAUAUAAAAUUAAAAAACAUGGAUCUUCUCAAAUUCAUUUGAAAAAUGAAUUGAAGCUCUCCGAUAUUGGCAAUGUUGAUGUUCUUCAGGUAUUCGAUUCCAACUAUCGAAAAGCAAUAAAAGGCUUUAACGACCAAGUAAAACAAAAUCGUUGCAUUUUGUCCAGUCUUAUUGAUUGUGUAAAAUUUUGUGGUGUAUUCGAGUUAGGGCAUGACGAGUCAUCAAAUCCAGGAAUAUACAAGGGGCUUAUUGAUUUUGUAUCUGAAAUCGAUGUGGCUAUGAAACAACAUUUGCAAGGAAAUAAGGCUUUUAAGGGUACGUCGAAAUCGAUUCAAAAUGACAUAUUAGAUGCUAUUCUAACAGUUUGUCAAGAGGAGAUUAAAAAGCAGAUUUCAGAAGCACAGUUUGUAGCGAUUCAAUGCGAUGAAACUACUGAUGUUCCCAUCAACCAGCAGCUUGUUAUUAUUUUAAGAUACGAACGAAACGGCCAAAUUCACGAACGUUUUUGGAAAUUUUUAAAACCUGCUUCAAAUAGUGCCAAUGACAUAGCUGCAGAAAUUAAAAAAGAGUUGCAAUCGCUUAAUAUUUCCGUAAACCAGCUAAUAAGUCAAAGCUAUGACGGAACCGCCGUUAUGUCAGGAAGCGAAGGAGGAGUUCAAAGUAUUAUUAGAAAAGAAUUUCCGUACGCAUAUUAUGUACAUUCUUAUGCGCAUCAAUUCAAUUCAAUUUUGCAAAAUAGCGUUUGUGUUAAUAAAAAUGUCGCCAACUUUUUCGCCAAUUUACACGCAUUUCCAACUUUUUUCUCAAAAUUACAAAAAAGGACUGACGCACUAGGCGACAUAGUGAGAAACUGGAUUUCAACAAGAUGGAAUUUAAACACACGAACUGUGAGAACGAUUUACGAGAAUAAAGAGCGUCUAAAAAAUUGUUUAGAAAGUAUAUUAGAUACCAACGGUAAUGACUUUAACACAAUAAACCAAGCUGAAGCAUUGCUAGGUUAUUUAAAUAAUGAAAGUUUCAUUUACUGGCUCACAUUUUUUGCUCAAGUAACGCCCUACUGUGAAAACCUCUAUAAAGAAGUUCAAUCUCGCCCUUUGGAUGCUGAUAAAAUGGAACUAUGUUUAAACAAUUUUGAAACAAUCAUUUCAAAUAUUCGUAACUUGGAUCGUCCAACUUCACCACCGAAGAAGCGCAAUCAGUCAACAUCCUUUUCUGCACAAACAAAAGAGAUGUGCGACAUACUGAUUAAUCAGGCGAAAGAUCGUUUUCAAUUCACAGAUCAUCUAUUGGCUUCGAAACUUUUUUACUUCGAGAAAUUCGUCGAAUAUCACAGACAUUUUCCUACCGAUGAUUUUGAUACGGUUACGAAAACGUACAACUUUUUUCAGAAAGAAAAACUUAAAAGCGAAUUGAGUGUUAUAUAUGGCAGAAAAGAUUUUCAUCAAGCGGGUAUCGCGUUAGUAAUUUUACAACUACUGACCGAUAGGAAUUUGACUGAAUGCUUCAGUGAAACUGUCACGUUGUUAAAAUUAAUCUGUACGAUUCCGAUGACGGGUGUCGAAAGUGAACGUUGUUUUUCUACAUCGCAGAGGAUCAAAUCUUUACUGAGAAAUACAAUGCAACAACAGGAGCGCUUAAAUUCGCUUGCCAUGUUAAGCAUUGAGAAAGAGAUGAUUUCUUCAAUUGCAGACUUCAAUGCUCGUAGUACACAAAAGUGGUGUCGUCUUCAAAUAGAAUAG